AUGCUCAACAUCUCUCUCACCUCGGUCAUUUUCUUGAUACAGCUGCUGACUCUGCCAGUUUGCGCUGUCAUCGUUGACUCGUAUCGCGCUCUGCCCAAGACGAACUAUGAUUUUGUGAUUGUUGGAGGUGGUAACGCAGGCGCGGUGCUGGCUCAUAGACUCUCGACUAAUCCUCGGUGGAAGGUCCUCGUUAUCGAAGCUGGUCCAACACACGAAGGGGUAUUCAAUUCUCGCGUCCCUGGCCUCGUCGCGUCACUUCAGAAUACGAUCCAUGAUUGGAACCUUACCUCGACGCCUCAAGCUGGGUUGAAUAAUCGCGUUCUACCCCUUGCCAGAGGCCAUAUACUUGGUGGAUCCAGUUCGAUCAAUGGCCAGUUCUAUACCCGUGGAUCAUCUUCUGACUAUGAUAGAUGGGCCAGGGUCACUGGAGAUUCCGGUUGGUCAUGGAAGAAUAUUCUUCCGUAUUUCAAGAAGAAUGAGAAAUGGGCUGUGUCGGCGGACGGACAUGACACGACCGGGCAAUAUGAUCCAAAGGUCCAUGGGACGGAUGGGAUGGUGUCUGUUAGCGUUGUUGGGGCGCCACAGACUGUUGACGCGAAGGUUAUUCAGGCGAGUAAAGAGUUGGGAGGUGACUACGCAUAUGUCUUGGACAUGAACGAUGGGAACCAGCUAGGAAUAGGUUGGACGCAGUUGACGGUUGGAAAGGGAGAACGAAGCAGUGCUGCAACGACUUACCUGGCGCCGAAGUAUGCCAACAGGAGAAACCUCCAUGUCCUGGUCGAUCAUCGAGUGACGAAGCUCGUGAAUUCGGGAAAGAAGGGCAACAUACCUUCUUUGCGAACUGUACAGUUUUCGUCUCGCAACGAGCCCGCAUCCACACUUGAAGUAACGGCAUCGAAAGAGGUUAUCCUCAGUGCUGGAACCUAUGGGACCCCGCAGAUCCUUCUACUAUCGGGUGUAGGAGACUCCGCUGAGCUUCGAGCGAAAAACAUCGAUGUGGUCGUUAACUUGCCAAGCGUCGGGAAGAACCUGACAGACCAUCCCCUCUUGCCUCUUGUAUGGAGCCUAGGGGUCCCUGGAACCGUCCAGCCAACACCUGAAUUGCAGGUGGAGUGGCAAGCUGAGUGGAAUGCCUCUAGGACAGGACCGCUGACGGGGGUCGGGACCAACCACCUCGGGUGGGUACGAAUUCCGUCCGAUUCGGAGAUCUGGAAAGAGCACGAGGAUCCUUCGUCGGGACGACAUACUCCUCACAUUGAGUUUGGCUUUUCGGGGAUGAGUAUAUACCCAUCGCCACCAGCCAUGAUGGUUCCCGUCAUCAUCCCUGUCCAACCUGCCUCGCGUGGCUCAGUAACGCUGGCGUCGUCAGACCCCUUCUCCGACCCGUUGAUUGACGUGGGGUUCUUGUCCUCGCCGUUCGACUUGUUCACAUUCAAAUAUGGUGUCUCGAGUUUGAAACGCUUCUUCGACGCCCCGGCGUGGAAAGAGUAUAAUCUCACCCUGGUAGGAGUUCCGGAGGGAGAGGCGGAAUUGGAGGAGUUCAUUAGGAAUACGGUAUCAAGUGGAGCACAUCCAGUGGGAACGGCUGCCAUGUCUUCUCGUGGAGCUCAAUGGGGUGUUGUGGACCCGGAUCUGAAGCUCAAGAAAGCCGAAGGAGUUAGGAUUGUCGACUGUAGUGUCAUGACAUACGUCCCUGCAGGUCACACAAUGGCGCCCGUCUAUGCGGUUGCCGAGAGAGUGUCUGAUCUGAUUUGGGACACUUGGUCUAGGACUAACUAA